AUGGCCCCUCGUUCUUUCUUGUUUACUUCUGAGUCUGUGAACGAAGGUCACCCGGACAAGUUGUGCGACCAGGUAUCUGACGCAGUUCUGGACGCAUGUUUGAAAGUGGACCCCAAUGCCAAAGUGGCAUGUGAGACUUGUGCUAAGACCGGCUUUGUGAUGAUUUUCGGUGAAAUCACGGUCGGUGGUACGGUGGAUUACGAGCAGGUGGUUCGUGACGCGGUGAAGCGGAUCGGUUACGACGACCCGAGCAAGGGUUUGGAUUACAAGACGAUGGACGUGCGUAUUGCCAUUGAGGAACAGAGUCCCGAAAUCGCGAGCGGCGUGCAUAUUAACAAGAAGGUGGAAGACAUUGGAGCUGGCGACCAGGGCCACGUCUUUGGUUUCGCCUGCAACGAGACGGAGGACCUGAUGCCCCUCACUCACCACCUUGCGAAUCGUCUUGCCUUCCGCCUCAGUGAGGUGCGAAAGAACGGCACCCUCCCGUGGGUCCGUCCAGACGGCAAGACUCAAGUCACCGUGCAGUACCAGGAAGACGAACAGGGCCAUAUCAAGCCCGUUCGUGUGCACACAAUUCUUAUCUCCACCCAGCAUAAUCCUGGCAUCAGUCAAGAGCAGAUUGCGGCGGACUUGAAGCGCGAGGUCAUCGAGCCUGUCGUCCCCAAGCAGUUCAUCGACGACAAGGUCCUCUACUACCUCAACCCCUCCGGUUCAUUUGUUGUUGGCGGACCCCACGGGGACGCCGGCCUUACGGGCCGUAAGAUCAUUGUAGAUACCUACGGCGGUUGGGGCAGUCAUGGCGGUGGCGCCUUCUCGGGCAAGGACACUACCAAGGUGGACCGGUCCGCCGCCUACAUGGCGAGGUGGGCUGCCAAGUCUUUGGUGGCUGCCGACCUUUGUGAUAGGUGCACUGUGCAGGUCUCCUACGCAAUUGGUGUGGCCAAACCUCUUUCCAUGUGCGUCAACUCCCAAAACAGCGUGAAACACGGCCUCAAGGACAGCGACCUUGAAGCCAUCUUGGAGAGAAACUUCGACUUCAGACCCGGGUGCAUCCAAGAGGCACUCGACCUCAAGAAACCUGUCUUCAGCGAAACCGCUGCUUACGGACACUUCGGUCGCCCCCAGUUCACUUGGGAGAAGCCCAAGGAUCUCUCCCACGAGCUCAAAGCUUUGGGCAUCUAA